AUGGUCACUGACAGCAUCUCAAAAGUCCAAGCUCAAGGUCUGCCAAAGAGCAAUGGAACGCAGCACAGGUCUAAAGUUAACAGAUUGCUUCAAGAUGUACGGCAGAGGAUCUUUCGUGAGGAAAUUGCUCAGAAUGCCCUCAUCAUUUGGGACCCAAACAAGCGCUGCCGCUGCGUUAGGCCAGUGACACACUGUAUCUUUGACUUAGACGGCACAAUACUUGAUUCUGAAAUUGUUUAUCACAAAGUGUUAAAGCAUCUAUGUGCAAAAUAUGGGAGAGAAUACACUGCAAAACUUCAAAGCGAGGUUUACGGAGGUACAGAUCGUGACAUUAGUAUAAAAGUGGUGGAAACCCUAAAACUUCCUAUUGAAGUCCGCGUGUUUGAAGAACAAGUUAUUGACUUGACUAACAAAUAUAUUGUCGAUGUACCAGUUAAACCAGGUGCAGAACGGUUGUUAAAACAUCUUUACGAAUCUAGUGUGCCGACAGCCCUUGCAACGAAUUCCACCGAACAAGCUGUCAAACUUCACCUGGCGGCGAGACCUAAACUCUUCUCUUAUUUUCAUCAUAUUGUAACCGCUACAGAUUCACAAUUAAAACGUGGGAAACCACAUCCCCAAAUUUAUCUUUUGGCCGCAUCCCGUUUUACUCAAGACCCUAAACCUGCAAAUUGUCUCGUGUUUGAAGACUCGCCAACUGGACUUCUAGCUGGUUAUAGAGCAGGAAUGCAGGUCGUUGUAAUUCCAAGCCGUAAGUUUGAUCGUGAACAAAUUAAUACAGCUACAUUAUUUAUUAGUUCGUUGACGGAGUUUAAACCAGAGAUAUUUGGACUGCCACCCUUCAGACCACAACCUCGAAAGAUACAAGGCUGACAAUAUUGUGAACAUAUUUAGAAUUUUAUUUCAGUAACAUAAAAAGUUGUUUCUUUUUUAAUAAAAUUAACGAUCUGAAUCUGUAUAGUUAAUUUAAAAAUUGGACUCCAUGUACUUUC